AUCUGCUAGAAACACUUGACAGGAAAAUCCAGGCGAAUUGGGAAACUUCCAGGGGCCUGGAGGCAGACAGGAACCGCGCCCCUAAGGCCGUCACUGACCUCGGUCCCGGGAUGAGGGCAUAGCAUUGCUCACCACGAGAAGCAGAACCGUUAGGUUGGGCUGAGGCAACAACUCACAGUGUAAAACACAUUUUUUAAAAAAGCAAUUUUAAACUCCCUUUAGAGCCAUGACUUAUAUGCACGACUUGAUCAACGUCUGCUGAGUACAUAUUAUUUUAUUCUUUCCGAUGGUAUUUCAUCAGUGCCAUCAAGGGCCAUGAUGUUUCUGCGGAAGAUUCCAUUGCUUGGGGACAAAGAGCACUAACGCCCUGUGGCACAUCACACCAGAGGAAUCUUAUUCCCCGGCCCUGAUGUUUCUGUUCAGCUUAAACCAGGCUAACAGAAGCUGCUUGCGUUAGAGGCAGCGAAGGUCAGGGGAAGAGGAUGCGCUUCGAGGUGGGCCUUGGUGUCGCUGUCAUUUCCCACCCCGGUUCCCUAGACGUUGGGCACCUCCGUGACCUGUGGGUGCUCAUCCCGAUUCCCCGGACUCUGGGAGGAUUCGGUGAGGCAAUGCCGUCGAACGAAGCACCGGCCAGUGUUCGCGUAGAGCCAGUAUGGAAGGAGCUGCUACAGAUGGCUGGAUUAUCAACAAUUUUCGGAGGCAGAGAAGCAGCCAAUGGUAAUAAGGAGAACUUUUGAUGCCGAGGAGCUACAAUGUUGCCAUGGACAGCAACUGUCAAAGUAAUUACAAACUGAAUAAAACUGAGAAGAAGUUCUUAAGGAAACAGAUUAAAGCCAGGCAUACUUUGCUGAGACAUGAAGGCAUUGAGACCGUAACCUAUGCCACCCAGAGCCUGGUUGUCGCCAAUGGCGGAUUGGGUAAUGGUGUGAGUAGGUGCCAGCUGCUCCCGGUGUUAGAGAGGUGCGGACCCGUAGACGCUCUCUUAAUGCCUCCUAACAAGCCCUACUCGUUUGUGAGGUACACAACUGCAGAAGAAGCCAAGAAAGCCUAUGUCACCCUCAACGGAAAAGAAAUAGUGGAUGAUUUAGGACAAAAGAUCGUUCUGUACUUGAAUUUUGUGGAAAAAGCACAGUGGAAAGAGGUGGGGCUUCAGGCCCUACCUCCAGGCCUCAUGGUAGUAGAAGAAAUUAUUUCUUCUGAGGAUGAGAAAAUGCUUUUGGAAAGUAUUAACUGGACAGAAGAUACAGACAAUCAAAAUGUUCAAAAAUCUUUGAAGCACCGAAGAGUGAAGCAUUUUGGUUAUGAGUUCCACUAUGAAAACAACAACGUAGACAGAGGCAGGCCAUUACCUGGGGGUCUUCCUGACACUUGUGAUAGCAUUUUGGAGAAAUGGUUGAAAGAAGGUUUCAUUAAACACAAACCCGAUCAGUUGACUGUAAACCAGUAUGAACCUGGACAUGGAAUUCCUGCUCAUAUUGACACACAUUCUGCUUUUGAGGAUGAGAUUGUUUCUCUCAGUCUGGGGUCAGAGGUUGUCAUGGACUUUAAGCACCCAGACGGCGUCACAGUGCCGGUUAUGUUGCCUCGUCGGAGUUUGCUGGUGAUGACUGGAGAAUCUAGGUACCUCUGGACACAUGGAAUCACACCCAGAAAAUUUGAUACUGUUCAAGCAUCCAAGGGUCACAAAAGUGGAAUUAUCACCAGUGAUGUUGGAGACUUAACUUUAAGCAAGAGGGGAAUAAGGACAUCAUUUACAUUUAGGAAAGUGAGGCAAACACCUUGUAAUUGUAGUUACCCUCUGGUCUGUGACAGCCAGAUGAAGGAGACCCCCCCAUCGUUUCCGGAGAGCGACAGGGAAGCCUCACAACUGGAGCAAGAAUACGUCCACCGAGUCUAUGAAGAGAUUGCCGGGCACUUCAGCAGCACGAGACAUACCCCUUGGCCACACGUGGUGGAGUUUUUGAAAGCUUUGCCAAGUGGUUCAUUAGUGGCUGAUGUUGGCUGUGGAAAUGGAAAGUAUCUUGGCAUCAAUAAGGAGUUAUAUAUGGCAA